GUAACGUCGUACGUUCAUUGUCUUUUGCUCUUCCCAAAAGCUCCCUCCGGACUUAUCGAGGAGGGGAAAAAAAAAAUAGAGAGCAGGGUGGUUGUUUUUUUAAACAAAAAAAUAGGAAGCAACGACCUCCUCCUUCCCUCUCAUCGUCGUCCCUCCUCCAUAAAAGUAAAACCACCUACCCCUCUCUCUCACGGCUCACCUCACCUCACCAAACCCCACUUUCCAUUUCUCUGUCGCCGCCUUCUCUGAUCGAGAUCUCAUCUCAUCACAUCACAUGGCGUCUUCAGCUACCUUCGCCAAGCUCGAUGCCGCCUCUUCCACUUGGAUCGGCCACCAAUCCUUCUCUUCCCUCCCCCUUCCCUCCUCUCGCCUCGCCCCUUCUCGCGUCUCCCUCCCCAUCCGCGCUGGCCAAUACACUGACGAGCUCCUCAAAACCGCUAAAACGAUUGCUUCACCUGGCCGUGGAAUCCUCGCGAUCGAUGAAUCCAAUGCUACCUGUGGGAAGAGGUUGGAUUCUAUCGGGCUGGACAACACUGAGACCAACAGGCAGGCUUACAGGCAGCUCUUGCUGACCACUCCUGGUCUUGGUCAAUACAUCUCUGGUUCUAUUCUCUUUGAGGAGACUCUUUACCAGACUACUACUGAUGGCAAGAAGAUGGUUGACUGCUUGGUGGAACAGAACAUUGUUCCCGGGAUCAAAGUUGACAAGGGUUUGGUUCCCCUCCCAGGGUCAAACAACGAGUCCUGGUGCCAGGGGCUGGAUGGUUUGGCUUCAAGAACUUCUGAAUAUUACAAGCAAGGUGCUCGUUUCGCCAAGUGGAGGACAGUUGUUAGCAUUCCUUGUGGCCCUUCUGCUCUUGCUGUCAAGGAAGCUGCAUGGGGGCUUGCACGAUAUGCUGCCAUUUCCCAGGAUAGUGGACUUGUCCCUAUAGUUGAGCCCGAGAUUCUUCUUGACGGGGACCAUGGAAUUGAAAGGACCCUUGAGGUUGCAGAGAAGGUCUGGUCAGAGGUCUUUUUCUACUUGGCAGAGAACAAUGUUGUUUUCGAGGGCAUCCUUCUGAAGCCUAGCAUGGUUACACCUGGGGCUGAGCACAAGGAGAGGGCUUCUCCAGAAACAAUAGCAAAAUAUACGCUCACAAUGCUCAGGAGGAGGGUACCUCCAGCAGUUCCUGGAAUCAUGUUUUUGUCUGGAGGACAGUCUGAGGUGGAAGCAACCCUCAACCUCAAUGCAAUGAACCAAGUCCCCAACCCGUGGCACGUUUCCUUCUCAUAUGCACGUGCGUUGCAGAACAGUGUGCUCAAAACCUGGAAAGGACAGCCUGAGAACGUGGAAGCUGCACAGAAAGCACUGCUGGUACGUGCCAAGGCAAACUCCCUUGCCCAGCUUGGCAAGUACACUGGUGAAGACGAGAGCGACGAAGCCAAGAAGGGCAUGUUUGUCAAGGGAUAUACCUACUAAAUGCGAGAGUUUAUUUUGGGCUUCGUAGGCUCUAUUAGAGCGUGUGUAAGCUAGCUAUGUUUCCGUCUAUCUUCCUGUUACAUACUAGUAUGAAAAUUGCUGACGAGAUGUAACAUUCCGUGUUAAAGUUUCUAAAUCUCUUGUGUUUGAAUCUGAAUAAUACUUGAGGAGGAUAGGAAGUAUCCCUGAUUUUUGCCUAAGACAGGAAUGAGAAUUGUUUAGCAAGUCGGAGACAAAUCGUAUGUAUUUAGCUUCCUAAGUAGAUAUCUUGCUUGUUCAGUUGGUAAUGGAUGGCCAGAUGGGAGCUCUUGAGCCAGUACUGACCUUAAAAGUCAUGCGGGCAAUCGUUCAAAAACAGGAACUGGUUAAGAUUUGUCUGUUACCUAUGCAGUCCCCAAAUCUUUGGUACUCCAGUUGCUGUACAGGAUGUAAUGUUCAAAUACAAUUUACAAACGCGA